GCCCUCACCGCGCUGGGGAGGCUCUGCGGGCCCCAGAGACACCUCAAGAGGAGGCGGGAUUAGGCGGAGCGACUGGCCCCGGCCCUCAGCCGCUGCCCCGCCGGUGCCGCUGCUGUUCCGUGGGCUGCAGGUUGGUGAUAAUUUGCCUGUGGUUGUGGGGAGGCUAACUCCACUGCUUCUUGUUGCUUUGGAAAUCUGAAGUUAAUGCUCAUGAGAAGUAAAGCCAGAGAACGUGAGUUACUCAGUGUGCCUGAAAUCUACAGAGCCAGCAGUGAAAAGGCAGACCUUCUCUUUGAAGCACUGGCUUUAGCUGUGACUUAUUCUGUGCACUGGGAACUGAGAGCAAUAGCGCUUAACCUAGGAAAAAAUGCCAGCUAAAGGUAAAUACUUCUUCAAUGAAACUGAUGACUGUAGGAUGUCAGACCCACUCUGUGAGAAGUACCGCUAUACGAGCCAGCAGCACCCACUCCUCCUACUGCUGCUCUUCAUUGCAAUCAUCUUCUGGACUACUCUAAUUAUAGUCUUUUUUACCACUGAGGAAGCACAUAAUCAUCUUGCCUUCAUUAUUGCAGUAUGUGCUGCUCUUGUCAUAUUUGCAGUCAUGUACUUACUUUUAUGUAUUGAAUCCCUGUUUCGGAGGUGGCUGAUGCUAUUUGGAGUUAUGAUUUGGGUUUGCUUCUUAAUCGUAGGAUAUGUAUCACUUUUUGAAAGAGAAAAUGAUUACCAACUGUGGGAACAGGUGCCAUUCUUUCUAUUCAUAAUCUUCACAGUUUAUACCAUGCUACCCUUUGGGAUGCGAGGUGCUGUCAUAAUUAGCAUUCUUUCUGCUCUCUCCCAUAUUAUUGUUCUAAGCAUUAUGGUAAGCAUGACUUCUCAAGAAAAUAAGGAAUCCAUUCUAUUUCAGCUGUUUGCCAAUGCUAUCAUUUUCUUUUGUGGUAACUUGAUGGGUGCAUUUCACAAACGCCAAAUGCAGGUUGCUUCGUGGGAUUUGUAUAGAUACACCUUAAAGUGCAUUCAGGUCCGAAUGAAAUUGAAGAUUGAAAAGAGGCAACAAGAAAACUUGCUUUUAUCCAUACUGCCGGCUCAUAUCUCUAUGGAAAUGAAGCUAGCAAUCAUAGAGCGGCUAAAGGAAACUAACGAUAAUAGGCAAAUGCAUGACAAUAACUUCCAUAGUCUAUAUGUGAAAAGGCACCAAAAUGUUAGCAUUCUUUAUGCAGACAUUGUAGGAUUUACUCGCCUUGCCAGUGACUGCUCUCCUAAGGAACUAGUAGUGAUGCUGAAUGAACUUUUUGGAAAGUUUGAUCAGAUUGCAAAGGAGAAUGAAUGCAUGAGAAUAAAAAUCCUGGGAGACUGUUACUACUGUGUCUCAGGCCUACCUGUGUCCUUACCGGUUCAUGCCAGGAACUGUGUUAAAAUGGGACUUGACAUGUGUGAAGCAAUAAAGCAGGUGAGAGAAGCCACGGGAGUGGAUAUCAACAUGAGGGUUGGCAUCCAUUCUGGGAAUGUGCUGUGCGGCGUGAUUGGCCUCCGGAAGUGGCAGUACGAUGUCUGGUCACACGAUGUGUCCUUAGCAAACCGGAUGGAAUCUGCUGGCGUACCUGGCCGUGUACACAUCACUGAAGCAACAUUGAAUCACCUAGGCAAAGCAUAUGAAGUAGAAGAAGGGAAUGGACACCUGAGGGAUCCUUAUCUUGAAUCUAUGAAUAUCAAAACCUACUUAGUGGUUGAUCCAAGGUCUAAACAAUGCAUAGCAAAUAAUCAUCUCCCUAAAACAAGAGUUAAUGAUGGGCUGAAGAUGCGAGCAUCUGUUCGGAUGACACGUUAUUUAGAGUCCUGGGGAGCAGCCAGGCCCUUUGCCCACUUGAACCACAGAGAAAGCGUGAGCAGUGACUCUUCAAGUUCACAAGGAAAGCAAAGAAAGGAAAUACCUUUGAGUUCCACUGGGCGCCAGAGAAACUCUGAUAGAAAUUCAUCUCAGAAGGGGAGGAUAGAGGAAGACAUUUAUGAUGAAAUGAUGUCAACCAUUGAGGGCCUCAGUUCAACAAACCCAUGGUGUGGCAGAUCGGAUGACUUCUGUGGGUUUUCACUGAUUUUUGCAGAACCCAGUCUUGAAAAAGAGUAUCGCACCAUUCCAAUCUUAAAACUGAAGAGUUACUUUGCAUGUGCCAGUUUCGUGUUCUUCUGUAUAUUUCUGAUACAGAUGUUCAUAAUGCCAAAAACUGCAAAACUGGGAAUUUCCUUUGGCAUUGUCACAGUCAUCAUUGUACUCAUUUUGUUUGUAUGCUUUGCUGAGAAAUGUGUGAAGCGCUGCUCAGAACGUUGGUCUUUCCUGCGCCACCUUUGUGCUAUCUCGGAAAAGGUGGAAACAAUGCCUUUACUCAGGCUUCCCUUAGCAGUCAUUACUAUUGGUGCCUUGCUGAUUAUAGCCAUUUUUAAUUUUACCACUGAAGGGUACAAACCUGCAAACUUUACUGGAUCAGAUGACCUGGGUGCUGCCACCUAUCCUUUUGGAAACACAACUCAAUCCUGCAUUGAGGAAACUUAUUAUGCUUACUGCUGCAUAUUGGCGUUCAUCGCUUGCUCUGUAUUUCUCCAAAUAAGUUUCGAACUCAAAGUUCUCCUCCUGUCCAUUGCUGUGACCGUGUACCUCAUCAUUUUCAAUACCCUUCAGCACAGAAACUUGAGCUUUUAUGGCAACAGUACCAGGCUUUUCAUCAAAGAGCCAAGGAUAACGACUAAUUUAUAUCUGGUUCUGUUUUACAUAACCCUGAUUUUACUUGCAAAACAGAUUGACUAUUACUGUCGACUGGAUUGUCUGUGGAAAAGUAAGUUUAAAAAAGAACAUGAACAGUUUGAAACAAUGGAGAAUGUUAACAGGCUUUUGCUGGAAAAUGUGCUUCCAGCACAUGUUGCUGCAUAUUUCAUCGGUGAAAAACGAAAUGAGGACUGGUACCAUCAAUCUUACGACUGUGUGUGUGUCAUGUUUGCAUCAGUACCAGAUUUUAAGGUGUUUUAUACCGAAUGUGAUGUCAAUAAAGAAGGCCUGGAAUGCUUGCGGCUGUUAAAUGAAAUCAUUGCUGAUUUUGAUGAGCUCCUGUUAAAACCUAAGUUCAGUGGCGUUGAAAAAAUAAAGACCAUUGGAAGUACUUACAUGGCAGCAGCGGGCCUCAGUGUUACACCUGGCCAAGAGAACAGCCAGGAUAAGGAGAGACAGCAUGCUCACAUUGGGAUUAUGGUGGAAUAUGGGAUUGCCUUGAUGAAUAAACUGGACGGCAUCAACCGACAUUCCUUUAACAAUUUCCGCCUUCGUAUUGGGAUAAAUCACGGCCCUGUGAUUGCUGGUGUGAUUGGUGCUCGGAAACCUCAGUAUGACAUCUGGGGGAACACUGUCAAUGUUGCCAGCCGCAUGGAGAGUACGGGGGAGCUUGGGAAAAUCCAGGUCACAGAAGAAACAAGUAAAAUACUACAGGAGUUGGGAUAUUCAUGUGAAUGUAGGGGACUCAUUAACGUCAAAGGCAAGGGAGAACUGAGGACUUACUUUGUUUGCACGGAGAUGGCCAAAUUCCAAGGUAUGGGACUGAACUGAGGCUAUGAUGAACUUGAUCAAAAUAGACUUAGAACUCCCUCCCUUCUGUGAAGACUUAGAAUUUCUCUCCUUAUGUGAAGGACUUACUCUAAAACCAUACAUAUACUAUUCCUGUUUCCUCUACGUCUCAAGAUAAGAGAAUGAUUUAUUAUUAUUUUUUUUUUUUUUCAAGAGGAGAAGUUCUGAAUAGUUCCUGGAAGGCUCACAGCCACCAGCCUGAAACAGGCUACCUUUUCCUGUAUCGAUUUGGGGAUUUACCUGGAAUUAUCAUGAAGCGUUUUCAGUUAGAUCCUUUCCUUACCUGCACUGUGGGAGUUUAACAGCUCCAGUACCAAGAGCUGUGGAUGUAUAGCAGAACUCGUUACUAGGUUGGAAUAUUCCACCGCUUGGUUCUGCCCCACACCUGCUUAUUACAGUAUUGCAUUUGUCAUGGACAGCGACGUGACGCUGUGGGUGCUGCAGAUCCUGCUUUCAGUGCAG